CUUUAUAUAGCUCUCCUGAAGCUAAUCCGUUCUACGCGAGAAAAAAAAAAAAAUCCACCGAUCUCGCUGAAACAAGAAGGAAUCCAAUCGAGAGCAAAUGCUGUCUUCCACCACACUCCGGUCGCUGGUUCCGGCUGCGGUGGCGUCGCCGUCGCCGGCGCACGUCACCGCCUGCUCAUCUCCCGCGGUGGGGCGGCGUGUGCCGGCGGCGGUGGUGGUGCGCGCGGUGCGGAACUACGACUCCAUCCCGAAGCGGGAGCCCUUCAGCUCCAGCCGCAGCAUCCUCGACGAGUUCCUCAGGCAGGACAAGCCCCUCGUCCAGCGCACCAAGGACCAGAUCACAGAUUAUUGCACGACCACUGAAGGUGAUGAAUGUUGCAGCUGUUGGGAUGCUUACUUUGAACUGAAUAAACUUGAGCAAGAGCUGCCCAAAGAGGAAAUCUCAAGGAUGGUUAAGGACUCAGAGGGUGACGUGAGGUACCUGAUUGAGAGCAUCCAUCAUCGCUCAAAUUUACGGAAGAAGAUGGCAGAGAAAUCUCGUAAUUUAGUACCAUCAACCUCCCAGGGGCAAACUGCAAAGCCAAGGCCAUUCCCUGUGCCUGAUGGGAUACCGAAAACACAGGAAGAGCUUGCUGAAGAAGAGGAGGCGUUGAUGCCAGAGUCUCCAUACACAAGGUUGCUGAGAAGGAUGGGUAGAUACCCUGAUUGGUACACCCCACGCCCUGAUCAUGAGACUGACUGAAUCAAAUCAUCCCCCAUCCAGGUGCCCCUUUUGGAAGUUUUGCAGCAUGAUAAUCUGAAGCUCUUUUUAUGGCCUGUGGUAAGAUUAGCGUUGCACCUAUGCAGAUUAGGCUGUACUUUUCUACUUACUAAUGAAAAUGGUGUGGUUUUAUUAUGCUGUAUGUAAAUAGCUGGAACGUUCGGAAUAUCUUUUAUUGGAUGUUCUGUAUACUGAUGCAUCUCUGUAUAUGUCACUGGUUUUUAUUAAAGUUUUUGGUUAUUAUUAUAGUUGUUUCUUGGAAAAAAAAUGGACAUAACACGGGAAGAAACAGUUUUUGGGCU